UGCGCGGAGGGACGCGACGCUCCGGGUCCCAGGUCCCUGGUCCCGGCGCCCGCGCCGCCUCCUCCUCGGGCUCCUCCCCGCUGCGGCGGGCGGGGUCCCAGGCGCCCCAGCGCGCAGGCGCGCACCCCAUGUUGCGGGCGGUGUCUCGCGCUGUGGCUCGCGCCGCGGUUCGCUGCGCUCGGAGCCGCGGAUCCCCGCAGCCCCGCAGCGUCAGCAGCGCCGCCGCUAUGUCCCGGCCGCCGCGGCCCGCCUCGGGCGCCCCGGCCCGGCCGGCCACCGUGCUGGGCACCAUGGAGAUGGGGCGCCGCAUGGACGCGCCCGCCAGCGCCGCGGCUGUGCGCGCCUUCCUGGAACGCGGCCACACGGAGCUGGACACGGCCUUCAUGUACAGCGAUGGCCAGUCCGAGAGCAUCCUGGGCGGCCUGGGGCUCGGGCUGGGCGGCGGCGACUGCAAAGUGAAAAUUGCCACUAAGGCCAAUCCCUGGGAUGGCAAGUCCCUGAAGCCUGACAGUCUCCGGUCCCAGCUGGAGACAUCACUGAAGCGAUUGCAAUGCUCCCAGGUGGACCUCUUCUACCUGCAUGCGCCUGACCAUGGCACUCCCGUGGAAGAAACGCUACGUGCCUGCCACCAGCUUCACCAGGAGGGCAAGUUUGUGGAGCUUGGCCUCUCCAACUAUGCAGCCUGGGAGGUGGCUGAGAUCUGUACCCUCUGCAAGAGCAACGGCUGGAUCCUUCCCACUGUGUACCAGGGCAUGUACAACGCCACCACCCGGCAGGUGGAAACGGAGCUCUUCCCCUGUCUCAGGCACUUUGGACUGAGGUUCUACGCCUACAACCCUUUGGCAGGGGGCCUGCUGACCGGCAAGUACAAGUAUGAGGACAAGGACGGGAAACAGCCUGUGGGCCGCUUCUUUGGAAAUAGCUGGUCUGAGAUCUACAGGGAUCGCUUCUGGAAGGAGCACCACUUCAAGGCCAUUGCCCUGGUGGAGAAGGCCCUGCAGGCUGCAUAUGGCAGCAGUGCCCCCAGCAUGACUUCAGCUGCCUUGCAAUGGAUGUACCACCACUCACAGCUCCAGGGUACGCACAGGGAUGCGGUCAUCCUGGGCAUGUCCAGCCUGGAGCAGCUGGAACAGAACCUGGCAGCCACCGAGCAAGGGCCCCUGGAGCCAGCUGUUGUGCAGGCCUUUGAUCAAGCCUGGCACCUGGUUGCCCAUGAAUGUCCCAACUACUUCCGUUAGGCCUCAUCCUGGCUGGAGGUGGCGGAGGGUCCACGACGCCUGUCACCUUUCGUUCUCUCACCCUGGCCUUAAGCUGCCUAUUUAGCCUGUUCUUUUCUCAGCAUCUGUUCACAAAUGUCUAUUUUCUUGGAUUCCUCCCAGUUGCCUUCACAAAGUGUAAAGGCUGGGGCCGUGAGUUGCUCCAGCGUUUCCUAUCGGAAUAAAGCAGGCACUUGACGGGUAGCCCAGGCCCGGAACAAA